AUGGAGUCUUACCCCUCGCCGCAGAGAGGAAAAAAGCUUGCUGAGAGGCGCAGGCGCGUGAGCGACCGCCCAGAGGCUCUGCCAGUUAUACGAGAACGGACCCUGACGCUGCCAUUUCCGCCAAACAACACGGGCGUGCCACGAAACCGUCGUCAUCAAAGAACCUGCGAUCAGCAGCAAUCUAAAUUCUUUGCCAAACUCCCACAAGAGAUCCGGUAUCUGAUUUAUCGAGAGGUCCUGGCCCCUACAGAUCAUUCAGAACUCCAUGUCGCCAGUGCGGACCAACGACUUCUGAGUCGGCGCUGCGUGAAUGAGAACUUGGAGACCCCGGGGUUAAAGCACAGCUGUUGGGGCCGUUGUUACAAGCUAGACGGUACGACAGCGCGGAAUCCUAGCCUGGGGAGAUAUGAGCCCGAGGAUGAUUCUCCUUACCCAGUUAGACUGGGGCUGUUGCGCUCAUGCCGACAGGCAUACUCGGAGUCAAUUGACAUCCUCUACUCCCAAAACAUCAUCAGCUUCCGCCAAACACGGACUAUCGUGGAUCUCCAACGUACUAUUGUCCCCCAGCGCUUUCAUAGCAUUCGAUCCAUGCACCUAUAUUUCCUACUCCAACUGUACUGGUACGAGUCGCGCUUGCGCGAAGGCGACUCUAGAUAUCCUUUUGAUAUACCUUUUUUCUGGGAGUCUGCCUGGAAGACCAUCGCCGAGAUGAAGUCGUUGCAGAGCCUUCGGGUCGAGUUCACUGAUGGGCGCGCUGGCGAAAACUACCCGGAACAAGAUGCAGUUGUCCAUCUUUUGAAGCCGAUGGUGGCACUCAAAUUCUCGAAGUAUCUGGUCCAGUUCGAUUGGCCAGUUCAGGUGGAUGAACUUGUACGGUCGUUGGGGAAUGAUGUGUCUUUUGAAAUCCAGAUCAGAGAGAAACCCGCAGGGGGGAUUAUUAUUGAACCGCUGAAUUGGAGUGCGUUCGACGAUAACAUGCACAUGGAUUAUGAACAGAUGGACAUGACGCCGGAAUUGACCACUCUUGACACCAUAAACUGCCUUGCACAAAUUUAA